UAUCUGUCAUCAUAUAGCUUAAUUGUCAAUGUCAAGUGUCAAUUUAAUCGGUUGAGUCACCUUUUUCUUGUCACUUCGCGAAAGAAUUGAUUGUAUUUAUUAGUUAGAAGAUCCGUGUUUACUGUUGUAUUUUGAUUCAAUUGCUUUUAUGGAUGUCAUGAUAUGCCUCGCCUAUAGCUAGGCACAAUGUUCGCCAGCUUGAAAAGCAAAAUAAAAGAGGAGACAGGUAGUGACAUAAGCAAAUUGACAAGCAGUUGGCGCACUGGUGCCUUUUUGGGCCGCAUUACAUUAAGAGAUGACUCGUCUACCGCCAGCCCCUCCAGCUCCGGGGGACAGGGAGACACGACAUCAGAUUCUAUAUCCCCACAAUUGGAGUCCUACCUGUCAGACCGCACAGGCGGGAGAGUGGACCAAGCAGCUCUGCAGCAGCAGUAUUCAUCACAACUGGAAGCAAAGUUGAAAGAGAGAGAUUCAUAUUGGGAACUGAAAAUAGAGGAGUUGAGACUAUCUCUGGCAUCUGUUCAAGGGGAAGAAGCAUUGGCAGCCCAGUCGGUGGCGCGGGCGGCGCAGGCGGAAGCAGCGAAAGCAGCGGUAGAGCGCGAUGCGGCUCAGAAGCAACUGGCGGAGUGUCGGGCGCGCCUUGCGGCGGCCGAGCACGCUCAGGAUCGCCUCGACACGCUUACUGAGGAGAUGGAGGUGUUGCGGCGGGAGUGGGCACGCGAGCGCAGCGCGGAGACGGCGCGGCUCGGGGCAGCGGAGGCGCGCGCGGCCGACCUGGCCGACGAGCUGGCCCUCGUGCGCGCCGCAGCGCCGCCCGCCUCCCACCACCACCACAUGCACGACGACGACAAACGCGAAGUAACACCGACCGGGUGCGAGGAAUACGACCGCGUGAGUCGCGAGCGCGCCGUACUGGCGCGACAGCUGCAGGAAGCCAAGAUGGCGCUGGCGGAUGUCAAGACCUCCUGGAGCGGCCAGAUCGCCUCGCUCGAAACGCAGGUGGCGCGACUGUCGCGCCAAGCCGGCGAAGAGGGCGCGGAACGGAGAAGAGUUGAGACCGAGAAGCAAGAGAUGCAGGAGAAACUUCUCAAUAUGGCGGCCGAAUUGGAGAAGGCGAAGCAGAAUCUUAUCAAUAGUGAAGCGAAGGUGGCGCGGCUGAGCGGCGAGGUGCACGCGCUAGCGAUGGAGGUGAAGGGCCUGCGGAGCGCCGCCAACCACGAGGGCGAAAAAACAAUGGACCUCGAGAGUCGUAUUGAAGAACUGACUGAGCAAAACCGAGAACUGUCGGAAGCGCUAGAAAACGAACGGACGCUCGUGAAGAUCCUUCGGGAGAAGAUUGACAAGUCUAACCGUCUUUAUGACGAGACGAAAGUCGAAGUCAACCAUCUGAAUUCGAUGGUGACGGAUAUGCAACACGAUUAUGUAGACAUGCAGAGGAAGUAUGACAAAGAAAAACGCGAAAAAGAUGAGGCUCUUCUACGCAACGCGCACAUGUCGCAAACGAUCGAGAUGAGCCAGUGCGACGUGCGGUACCAGGAGGCGGAAAUAACUGAGCUCAGGGCCAAGAUAGCUGAACUGGAGGCGCUCAUAGCUCAGCAUCAAGAGAAUCAAGCAGCAUGUAUGUUAAUAAAGGAAAAAGACGAAUCGCGGAAGGCAGAGAUCGAGCAGCUAAACAGAAAGAUCGACGAAAUGGCGGAAAGUGAAAACUCACUCAAAAAGACUAUACAAGACUUAGAAACUGAAAUCUGUGAUAAAAAUAAGAAAAUUAAGACUUUAGACAAUCGGAUAUCUGAUAUGAAGAAAACGCUACAGCGAGAACUCCAAAGUAGUAAACCUGAUCUACUCGCAGCGGAAGAACAAGACAUUAGCAGACGAUACCUGAAGCACGUGGUGCUGCGGUUCUUGACGGCACGCGAGCUGGAGGCGCGGCAGCUCACACGCGCGCUGGCCGUGCUGCUGCGCCUGUCCGCGCACGAGGAGGCGCUGCUGCGCGCCGCGCUGCCCUCCGCGCAGCGCUCCGGCCUCGCCGCCUGGUUCCCCUCGCUCAACACCUGAGCAGUGCGCCGGGCCCGCAGCUCACACGCGCGCUGGCCGUGCUGCUGCGCCUGUCCGCGCACGAGGAGGCGCUGCUGCGCGCCGCGCUGCCCUCCGCGCAGCGCUCCGGCCUCGCCGCCUGGUUCCCCUCGCUCAACACCUGAGCAGUGCGCCGGGCCCGCAGCUCACACGCGCGCUGGCCGUGCUGCUGCGCCUGUCCGCGCACGAGGAGGCGCUGCUGCGCGCCGCGCUGCCCUCCGCGCAGCGCUCCGGCCUCGCCGCCUGGUUCCCCUCGCUCAACACCUGAGCAGUGCGCCGGGCCCGCAGCUCACACGCGCGCUGGCCGUGCUGCUACGCCUGUCCGCGCACGAGGAGGCGCUGCUGCGCGCCGCGCUGCCCUCCGCGCAGCGCUCCGGCCUCGCCGCCUGGUUCCCCUCGCUCAACACCUGAGCAGUGCGCCGGGCCCGCAGCUCACACGCGCGCUGGCCGUGCUGCUACGCCUGUCCGCGCACGAGGAGGCGCUGCUGCGCGCCGCGCUGCCCUCCGCGCAGCGCUCCGGCCUCGCCGCCUGGUUCCCCUCGCUCAACACCUGAGCAGUGCGCCGGGCCCGCAGCUCACACGCGCGCUGGCCGUGCUGCUACGCCUGUCCGCGCACCUGGUAGUAAAGGGGCGGAAUAUAAAAAACUUCUUACAACGGUAAAACUUGCCGUCAAAGGAAAUCAUAUUAUACCGAAGGGUUUGUUUAUUCGAAAAUAUUUAAAAGCCUUACCCUUCAAACCUUGUAAAUAAAUUAGAACUAGCUUCCUCUAACGUUGACGGCGCCACGAAACUGUUUAAAUCUAGCUGGGAAAUGAUGCGGAUUUGAAUGCUUUGGCACUUCUUGCUGAUUAAGAAUGCAAGUCUAGAUGUGAAAUGUACACAAGUUUUGUUCAGACAAGCGAAUUAAAGCGAAUGAACCAUAUUUGGACCAACUAAGACAAUUAAGAGAGGUUUCAGAAAAUAGCGUACGUGUAUACGUGUGUGUAGCGAUAUAAACGAUAUUACAAUAUAAAGAAGGCAAAAAGUUGAUUCAGAUAAAGAUUUCAUGCCUAAUUUUCGUCACAAAACUGUCAGCGAUUGACUUAACUACUCAAGCUAAUUGGGUAGGUACACUAUUUUCUGAAAACUCCCUUAAACUGGUCAAGCAAUAAGAAUAUGUCGCUUGAAUAAUUUGAUAAUUCAUGAUGGUUUGCAUAUUUCCUACAUGUAAUAUGCUGCCUCAGCAAAAUAUAUUGAAUUACAUUCCAUAUUGUUAUCGUUCGAACACGUAUGUAUUGAUAUGAUAGUCAAAAACAUUGGAGUUAGUGUUAUGAAGGACACGCUUGUGUUUAUUGAGAGGGCCUCGCACGUGUAUUAUGAUCCGCAUCACAAAUAUCUUCGACAUAAUUGUAUAUUUUGUAAUUAGUUUAGAAGUGGAAUUAUAGUUCAUAGACAGAAAGAAAAAUAACGUGUUGUUAAUUUAAUAAAAAGAUAAGGCGGGAGUAUUUUUGGGCUGCUCGGUACUGAUUUCGUAGUAUUAUUUUUAUUUAUAUACAAUAAGCAAUAUGCUAGCCGUAGGAUUGUUAUGUACUUAAUAAUCAUUAUUUUCUUAAAUUAUAUGACCGUUUAGUAUGAAUUUAGCAAUCUCGAUAUUUUUGUUUUUAAUACUAAUUUAUGGAGUAAAUACGUUUAUGAAAGAAGAAAUGGAAUCGCCUUAAUAGCUAGUCAUUGAUUGAAAUCAUGUUAAUUCUUAUCGUGAACAAAUAAAUAAUUAAAUAUCAUUUGAUAUGAAUAUGUAAUUGAUGUUGAUCAUUUAUUUUUGUAUUAAUUUGUUUAAGGUACCUUUAACCUCAUAAUAACCAUUUAUCCGUCACAUCAGAUUAAAUUUUAUGGGCAUAACUACUUUCAUUUAGAAAGUUACAAAUUGUGACUUUCCAUAAGUUUUAAAAAAGAUGAAAAUUUUGAAUUAGGGUUAAAAAUAAUUAGUGUGACCAACCUGUAAAUUGCCUAUCACUGCCUUUUGGUACUUUGUACAUGUACACUCAGCUGCAGAGAAAUGUAUAGAACUUUGUAUACAAAGGUGCUAACCGAAUAGUGUUGCUGACUGUACGUUCAGUUUUUUUUUUUUGUGAAAUACGAUAGUGCUGCUUAAUAACAGAAAUGUUGUUGCUUGCUCGGGUUAAUUUAUGGUAAAUAUUAGAAUGGUAACCGAAGUUGAACCCGACAAGUUAAUACUGCUAGGUUUAAGUCGUACACAGUAGAUCAUGCAGCAGCACUGUCAUAUUGGGUCUAGUCUUAGCUUGUUCGGCCGUUUAUUGCGUUAGAAGAGUAUACUAAUCAUAUAAGAUUUCAGAAUAUAUUUAAAUGCAGAGCAAUUUGUUUUACUCAGUAUUUGUCCGUGGUAACUCUUGUAUGUCCAAAUCAAGAACAAUAGGUAUUAUUAAAACAUGAUUAAAUUCUAGCCUUACUUUUUAUAAAAAAUACACUAUAAAUUGUAUGUCUUCCUAAAGCUCAUCAUACCAAGGAUAAUUAGCAGUAGAAUUUGAAAUCAAUAUGUAGGAAAUAUGGUUAAAUUUAUAUUCUUUGAUAAUUAUCGAACGAAAUAAAAGAAACCCGACUCUGUUCUCGUUGAAAACGGUUUAAAUUACAUUGAAGUAAUUAGUACUUAUGGGCACGGAAUAAAUAAUAGUACUACCGUACAGAAAUGACAUUUCCUACAAAACUGAGGUUUGACAGUGAUUCAAGGACGAAUCAUGCUGUCUCUUUCUAAAGGGGUAGUCCCUUUUGGCUUUUUAGGGUUGUCAAAAUUCAAGUCACGCAAGUCUGUGGUCGUGCACGCAAAAGGACGUCAAGUUCUGCCAACCCUAAUAAUUGCUCGGAGCAAAGCUGAGCCGAACGGAGCCGAGAAUGACCGUAAGGAGUGUCGCCCCACUGCUAUGGGGAAGACCGUGGGCUUUAGGACCACUCCAAGCCAGCGUCUCCCGAGCGUCAGCGUCUAGUCAACUCUAUGGCUGCUGCUCGACGCAGCGUUAGUGCAACUCCUCAGCGACGUCAUUUCCUAUAGCGCUGACUAUACACCGACGCUAAAAAGACGCUAGUGUGGGGUGGUCCUCAGAAGUUAAGUUUACUGGAUAUAGUGGCUAUGCUCAAAGUGCCAGUUAGGUGAGAAAGGUCGACUAGGGAGAUAUUUUAUAUUACUCGCUUUUACUUCACUGCGUCGAACGGCUAUAAUGUAGUUAUUGAUAUUUUAUUAAAAUUGUGUACGUACCAGUGUAAAAAAUUUGGUUGAAUUUAUUCGAUUUUAAAAUCGAACGAAUCAAAAGAUAUGCGACUCUGUUCCUAGGGCUGUGACUGCUAUUGUUCUUGAUUUGGAUAAUAUCAGAACUAUCAGAAGUUUGUAACUAAAGGCGUGUUUACAAAAUCAACAUGACAUGAUUUUACAGGAAACGAAAAAAACUAAAUGUUGGUCUGAUAUAUUAGUUAGUAGAGAUAAAUAUUGUAUAGGUGAUUUUAGUACGUGGCCAAUAGUUCAGAAAUAUAAGAUUACACAUAUCAAUAACCAGUAUUUUUGGAAAAAUAAUAAUUGAAAAAUAGGUUUGUCACUUAUGCUGUUUUUGUUUAAUUUUGUUAGUUACGUUCUUUUUGUAAGAAAAUAAAAUUACUUUCUAUAGAAAUUAUCUUCUCAUUCUAUUUGAGAGGCUUAUUUUACUUAACUAUGUGGAUUUAUUUUAAUCCUCACAUCCGCUGCUGUUGUCAUCGCUAUCUACCUCCAGAGACGACGAUUCUUGACACGCUGGAUACAAAAUGGAUUGGUAGAAUUGAUGGCUCGAUGAUUUGACCAAAAACUGCAUCAAUUUCUUCAAGUCGCGUACUUUGUGAGGAUUUAGGGGAAGUGGAGACUUAUAAGCACGUUUUAAAUUCAAUUAUAUUUAAAAUUAAGUUUUUUUACGUGAACCCAUACAGUUGUGUUCUUUUUGUAAAAAGUAAUGUAGAUAAGUAUGUAGUUUUUGUAAAAUGAGUAUAUUUUUUGGGACUGAUUUUGGACAAUGGGGUCGUUUUUGGGCACUAUCUUUUGUUCUACUUGUAGAUCCUGCUUAGACGAACGCUAGACCAAUAACUCAAAUCCCCCAAAAAUGUUAGUUCUGUUGUUUUUGUAAACAUGCCUUCAACUAUAAUGUUCCAUUAUUUUAUUUACACAGUCAGUGCAGUCAAAUGUGACGUCAUUAAAAUAUUUUUUAGCAUAUAUUGUGAUCAUUAAUUGUUAUUUGGGCUUGUAUAGAAUAAAGACGACAUAGCGAAUGUGCAA